ACCUCUCAUCCAAUCAGAGGGCUGGGGCGGGAUAUGGGGGCGGUGCCUGUUACCGAUGUUUAAGUGCCUGGUUCUGCGCGGGAACGCCAACCUGCUCCAGAGUGAACGCGGCGGCAGUUAACCGACGGCUCUACGCUAGACUCAAGGCUUCAGUCUUUCUUUUAGUCAAGAUGAGUGAUAAACCAGACUUGUCUGAAGUGGAGAAGUUUGACAAAUCAAAACUGAAGAAAACUAAUACUGAAGAAAAAAAUACUCUUCCCUCAAAGGAAACUAUCCAGCAGGAGAAAGAGUGUGUCCAAACAUCAUAAAAUGGGGAUCUCCUCCCAAGAGCAAAUUUCAACAUUGAUGGAGAGUCUUGGUUUUAGUAAACCCAUGUAUUCGUAGAAAUUUUAGGCAUCUAUGGCUUCUCACUUGUACUCUGUGGCUAAGAGGUCAACACUAGUCAAUGUUCCCUUAAAUUUAUUUUUAAACUUCUUCUUGGUACAUAAAUAAAUUCCAAAUGAAAGAUGCUGUCAAUAGUAUCACCAUUGAUGAUCUUUGUGUGUGUAGUCUUUGCAAACCCCAUAAGGCAAGCCAAUUUUAACUUAGAAUGGGUACCUCUAUUGCUUCUUAAUAUUCAUGAAGUUACAUACUUUUGCAGCUUCUCACAGUUAAUUUUCAUUUCUAAUGUACCAAUAAAAUAAUAAACACAGUCA